AUGUCAUUACCAACUACAGACGACUUUUCAUCCAACUGUACAUUAAUCUUACUUUCACUUCCUUACGACGUCAAAAACAGCGACAUCAUAUACACCUUUCAAGAAGACGCGACGUCGAUUGAAGACAUUCAAGUCGAAGGUCCGUUGGCGUAUGUAGUAUUUCGAAACCACGCGACGCCUCUUAAAAUCCAUCAGACUCGAACGUUCUACAAAGUCAAAGGAAAGUCGAUCAAAAUAUGUUGGAAGCUUUCAAAAGAAGAAAUUUCGAAUGAAGAAUUCAAUUACGACUUCUUUGAUUUGAAGCCCGAAGCUACAGAUGAGUCGGUUCAAGUCUGUUUAAAUGCGUACGCCCAGAUCAAGUCCCUUCUCUUCACUCAUAGUAGUCGCGGCGUCUUUUCUGUGAUAAAAUUCAGUUCAUCUCAAGACGUCGAGAACGUCUUCGACAACAUCUCUGAAAUUAAAGAGAAAAUCGGCAGUGACAAUUUCAGUGUUAAAAAACACGAGAAGAAGGCGGAGAAGUGUUCGAAUGUGUUAGUGAAAAACAUCCACCCCGCGUUAAUUGCUAAUUCCGAGUUCUUGGAGUUCUUCAAGUCGUUUGGGAACAUCGAGAGCUUCAAACUAACACCAGUCAAUCCGGAGUUUGACGCGAAGGCGUUGUAUGUGGAGUACACCGAAGAAAAUGACGCGAAAAGACUGAUAGAGGAAGUCGACGGGAAAGACGUGUUUGAUUGCGACAUGCCGCUGUCUGCGAGUCUUUUGAGAAGCAAAAAAGAGAUGAAAGGAGAGAAGAACAAGACGUAUUAUGAAAAGAGAAAAGUCGUUGAAAAUGACUUGAAGGACAAUAACGUGUUUGUGAAGAACAUUAGACAAGAGUUGGGAGAUCUGGAGAACUUCAAAGAGUACUUCAUGAAGUUCGGAGGGAUUUUCUCGUGUAAAGUGGUGCCCGAGAAAAAAUACGGGUUUGUGUGCUUUAAUGAACACGACGACGCAGUGAAGUGCGUGAAUGCAAAACACGGGAGGAUGUACGUCAAAUUUAAAGAGAGUAAAAAGGACACAGACAUCGCUGAGUGGGUCAAUAAACCAUUUUAA